AUGAUCCUAUGGGGAGUUUAUGGGGGUCCUGUGUAUGGCCUAUGGAGGAUCCGGAGGGUGUGUGGGAUGCCUUUUGGGAGGCCCUGCUGAUCCCGCUCCCCACCAUGUUCCUGCUGCCCUGCUCCGCCCUCGCCCUCCUCCUCCUCACCUGCCUGGCUCUGGAGCCGCCCCCUCGCUGCCCCCCGCCCUCCAACCCGGCCUUCCGCRGCUUCCAGCGGGCGUUCCUGCUGGGCUACCUGCCUGCACUGGCUGCGGACUGGCUGCAGGGCCCGCUGCUCUUCCAGCUGCUGCAGAGCCGGGGCUUCCUGCGCAGCCAGAUCGCCGCCCUCUACUCCUGCGGCUUCGCCUCCAACGUCGCCUUCGGCCUCGUCUCCGGUGUCUUCGUGGAUCGGCUGGGCCGGAAAAAGUCCUGCGUGCUGUCCUCGGGGCUGUGCUCCGUGUCCUGCCUGCUGCAGCUCUCCCGGGAUUUCCUGGCGCUGGCGGUUGGCCGGGUGCUGGCAGGGCUCGGCACCUCGCUGCUCUUCUGUGCUUUUGAGUCCUGGUACAUCCACGAGCACCUGGAGCGCCACGACUUCCCGGCCGAAUGGAUUCCCGACACCUUCUCCCGCGUGGCCCUCUGGAACGGCGGCCUGGCCGUGGCAGCCGGGCUGGUAGCCGAGCUGGUGGCCGAGGGGCUGGUGCUGGGCCCCGUGGCCCCGUUCCUGGUGGCAGUGCCCUUCCUGGUGCUGUCGGGGAUCUGCGUUGGCAAAAUGUGGGAUGAGAACUACGGGAAGAGCCGCUCGUGUGGGAAGGCCUGCGGGGAAGGCCUUCGGGGCCUGGUGUCCAACCCCCUGGCGCUGCUCCUGGGGCUGGUCCAGGCUCUGGUGGAGAGCAUCCUCUUCAUCUUCGCCUUCCUCUGGACACCCAUCCUGGAGCCGCACGGGAUCCCGCUGGGAAUCGCCUUCUCRGGAUUCACGGCCGCCAGCGCCGCGGGCUCGGCGCUGUUCCGGCGCGGCGUCACCGGSAGGCUCCGGCUGCAGCCGCUGCGGCUCCUGCCCGCCUCCAUCCUGCUCCUGGCGCUGGCCCUGCUCGUCCUGGCGUUGCCACUGUCCCCCGCCGGCGCUUUCCUCACCGUGCUGGUGCUGCAGCUCUCCUGCGGGAUUUACUUCCCAGCCAUGGCGUUCCUGCGGCGCCGGCUGGAGCGGCGAGGGGACACGGCGGGAGGGGCGCGGUGGCUGCGGCUGCCCCUCGGCCUGGGGGUGUCGCUGGCGCUGCCGGUGCUGCCCGGGGACCCUGCGGGGACACGGGGSGUGUUCGGGGCCGCGGCYCUGGCGGCGCUGGUGGCACUGGGGGCGGCCGGGGGGAUCCUGGUCACCGCCCAUGGGGAUGAGGGGCUGAGGGUGGGGGAUGAGGGGCUGCUCGAGGGGGACACUGGGGUGUGAUGAGGACAUUGGGACAGGUCAACAAGGGCACCUGGCUGUGAUGGGGACAYCAGGAUAGGUCAAGGGGGACACCAGGAUGUGACAAGAACUGUGGGGCAUGAUGGGGUCAU